AUGCGAGCAGAGAACGAACCAAAGAAGAGAACAGCCAAAUCUAAAAUUUCCAAUUCCCUUCUUAACGCCGCAGAUUCCCUGUUACAAACCGCAGCUACUUUUUUCAAGAGUAAACAAGAUAGUGUCAAAACAGAUAAACCUAGGUUUGCGACUGCUGAAUCACCUUCAAAAGGGAAAUCCAAGCAGAAAGGCAAUUCGACCGAGACAAAUCAUUUUUCCCACCUUCCCUUUUAUCCGAGUCCCUACGUUCCAAACCCGAACAUCUCCAUAUCAAGCAGUCAGUAUACAUUAAAGGAUUUCGGAACCCAACCCACCAACCAAUACGAUUACGAUGACAUCAUUUAUCCCAUCCCCUUCAACUCUCUCUACAACCACAUCGACCUUCGAUAUGAGAACUUCGGGCAGCCAGACGCUCGAUUUCCUUCCUUCGUCCGCCUUGGCGGCGUGACUGAAGACGCUUUCAGAAACUCCGACCAUAUUUACGUGACAGGAAGCUCGGCGAAUCAUCUCUACUCGAACAUCAACACGAUGUAUUCGAUCAUUACGAGCGAUAUGAACUCGUCGAUCGUGUUUGUGGAUUACGGACUGGACAACGUCACGCUGAGCGAGUUAAUCAGCGAAAUGAAGGUGAUGAAGACCAUUCUGGACGCGCACCAUUCCACAGCGCUGCUGUACUAUCGCAAGUUCGACUUUGCGCACUUCCCUGCGUGGUUUGAUUUGUCGGAUCGACAGGUUCGAGGCGGAUACUCGUGGAAAGUGAUCUCUUAUUUCGAUGUGUUGAUGGAAACGAAGCGGAUCGUGUCGUGGUCCGAUGGAGGGAAUAUUGUCUCCACGAAUCUGAAGAAUGAAAUGUAUCGUGUUCAUAUGUUCGGGUUGUACACGCCGUAUUCGGGAGACAGUUUGCAGCAGUGGUUGCACGGGAAAUCGCAGCGCUUUUUGGGAGCCAAUAAGAUGAUUCGGAAGAUUAUGCUGGGGAAAGGGAUGUGCACAGGCGGCUAUUUGUGGAUUAACUACAAUAACGAGACGGUGAUGAACAAUGUGAUCUUCCCGCUGGUUCAGUGCGCCUACACGCGCAGAUGCAUCUCUCCGAUUGGAAGCACGCGGAAGAAUCAUCGGCAGGACCAGGCGAUUUUGACGGCGUUGGUGCAUAGUGCGAAGAUUCCGCAGUGCUGCCAGGGAUGGUAUAAGACGUACACGAUGUUCCAUCAGGAUUGCUUGCCCGAUGCGUGUAGGAGUCGGAGAGAGAGGAUGAAGGAGCGGCUGAUGAAGAAGUGA